UGCUUAAGAUAGAUCCAGAUUGGAUCUGGAUCGGAUUCGAAUCUACUAAAUACGGAUCCGAAUCUUUACUUGGAUUCGAUUUGAUUUUUCAGAACGGAUCUGGAUCUUUAGAAAUAUUCGUUAGAUCCGUGUCUAUUAUGCAAUCUUCUUUAUAA